UGGUUCCAGAUCACGGAGAGCCUGCAACCCCGGGAUGUCACAAGGGCCACCUCAAAUUGACGGAGAAGACUAGAAGUAUUUUGUCUUGUUAGAUUUUUUUUAAAGUAGCUUAAAAAAAAAAGGGGGGGGGCUUAGGAAGGAAGAGCCAAGCCUCUCACCAGGCCCUCUACCGUCGGGCCGAAUUCUAAGGCAAAUCAGUGGUUUCUAAAGCUUGUUGAUACCCUCUGAGGGUUCCCAGUGCGCUCUGGGUUGGGGUUACUGCUUUGAGUAAGGUUGACCUUUCCUCUCCUGUCACUGACCUGUGCUAGAUCUGGACGUUAGGGCACUGACCUAUAAGCAAAUAGUCAGCGUUCUGGAAAAGACCUGAUUUCUGUUCAAUGUUUUAUUACGAUGAAAACUGAUCUUGGGAAUGGCUGUACAACCCUGACUUUCCACAGUGGAGUCUCUGGCUUCUUCUGGCUUUUUCAAAUUCACAUCCACAGGGCUGUUGAGUGCAGACUGCAAACACCAUGUCUGACUCGGUAAUUCUUCGCAGUGUGAAGAAAUUUGGAGAGGAGAAUCAUGCUUUUGAAUCAGACGGAUCGAAUAACAAUGAUAAGAAACCAAGGACACAAGAGAAAAAGAAAGGUGAAGAGUUUCAAGUUGGCUUCUUUGAACUGUUUCGGUUUUCUUCAUCGACCGACAAUUGGCUGAUGUUUGUGGGAAGUCUGUGUGCAAUGCUCCACGGAAUGGCCCAGCCAGGCAUCCUUAUUAUUUUUGGUAUAAUGAUAGAUAUUUUUAUUGAGUAUGACAUUGAAAGACAAGAACUCGCGAUUCCAGGAAAAGCGUGUAUAAAUAACACCAUCGUAUGGAUCAACAACUCCUUCAACCAGAACGUGACAAAUGGAACACCAUGUGGGUUGUUGGACAUCGAAGGUGAAAUAAUGACCUACUCGGGCAUCUACGCAGGAAUCGGUGCGAUUGUCCUUAUCCUAGGAUACAUUCAAAUAAAAUUCUGGGUCAUCGCUGGGGCUCGUCAAACAAGGAAAAUGAGGAAAAUUUACUUUCAGAGGAUAAUGAGGAUGGAAAUUGGAUGGUUUGACUGUACUUCAGUGGGAGAGCUGAAUUCAAGAUUCUCCGAUGAUAUUAAUAAAAUCAAUGAAGCCAUUGCCGACCAGAUGGCUCUUUUCAUUCAGCGCAUGAUGACAGCCCUCUCUGGGUUCGUGAUAGGGUUCUACAGAGGCUGGAAACUGACCUUGGUUAUUAUUUCUGUCAGUCCUCUCAUUGGGAUCGGAGCAGCCAUCAUAGGGCUGAGUGUGGCCAAAUUCACAGAGUUUGAGUUGAAGGCUUACGCCAAAGCAGGAUCUGUUGCCGAGGAAGUCAUUUCAUCGAUGCGGACAGUGGCUGCUUUCGGUGGUGAGAAUAAAGAGAUCGAAAGGUAUGAGAAAAAUCUUGUGUACGCCCAGCGCUGGGGAAUUAGAAAAGGAAUGGUGAUGGGGUUCUUUACGGGGUACAUGUGGUGCCUCAUUUUCCUUUGUUACGCGCUGGCCUUCUGGUACGGCUCCUCACUAGUCCUGGAUGAAGAAGAGUAUACACCAGGGACACUGGUCCAGAUUUUCCUCUGUGUCAUAGUAGCAGCUAUGAACUUCGGCCACGCGUCUUCUUCCCUGGAAGUCUUUGCCACUGGGCGGUCAGCAGCUUCCAGUAUCUUCCAAACAAUAGACAGGCAACCAGUCAUUGACUGCAUGUCAGAAGAUGGAUACAAGCUGGAUCGAAUCAAGGGGGAAAUUGAAUUCCAUAAUGUGACCUUCCGGUAUCCUUCUAGACCAGAUGUGAAGAUUUUAAAUAACCUCAACAUGGUCAUUAAGCCCGGGGAAAUGACAGCUCUGGUGGGAUCCAGUGGCUCUGGGAAGAGCACAGCCCUACAGCUCAUUCAGAGGUUCUACGACCCCUGCGAAGGCAUGGUGACUCUGGACGGCCACGACAUUCGCUCUCUGAACACCCGGUGGCUGAGGGACCAGAUUGGGGUGGUAGAACAGGAGCCCAUUCUGUUCUCUACCACUAUCGCAGAAAAUAUCCGUUAUGGCAGAGAGGAAGCAACGAUGGAAGACAUAAUCCAAGCUGCUAAGGAGGCAAAUGCUUACAACUUCAUCAUGGCCCUGCCACAGCAAUUUGACACCCUUGUUGGAGAAGGAGGAGGCCAUAUGAGUGGUGGGCAGAAACAAAGGGUGGCCAUCGCUCGGGCUCUCAUCCGGAAUCCCAAGAUCCUGCUUUUGGACAUGGCCACCUCAGCGCUGGACAAUGAGAGUGAAGCCAGAGUACAAGAAGCACUGAAUAAGAUUCAACAUGAACACACAAUCGUCUCAGUUGCCCAUCGCCUGUCAACAGUCAGAGCUGCAGACGUGAUCAUCGGUAUGGAACACGGAGCAGCCGUGGAAAGAGGCACCCAUGAAGAACUGUUAGAGAGGAAAGGUGUCUACUUCAUGCUCGUGACCCUGCAAAGCCAAGGAGAUGAACCCCACAAAGGAAAGGAUGUAAAGGAAAAAGAUGCAACUGAAGGUGGUACACUCGAGAGGACUUUCAUCAGAGGGAGCUAUCGGGAGAGCUUAAGAGCCUCCAUCCGGCAACGUUCCAAGUCUCAACUUUCUCAUCUGACCCAUGACCCUCCGUUGGCUGUUGCUGAUCAUAAAUCUAUUUAUGACAACAGCAAGGACAAUGAGGAAGAGGUUGAACCCGCCCCCGUGAGAAGGAUUCUGAAGUUCAAUGCUCCAGAAUGGCACUACAUGCUGGUGGGAGCUGUGAGCGCGUCUGUGAACGGGGCGGUCACACCCAUCUACUGCUUCAUAUUCAGCCAGAUCCUUGGGGUAAGCAAGCCCUGGCACAACACUGUGAGCGUUCUUCGUUCGUUUGUUUUUGCUGGAGAGUUGUUUGUUCGGUUUCUCUUCAUUUCCCUGCCUUAUGUACUUAGGAAUGUCUCAAAAACGAAAUAUCUUCCUAUAUAUUUUAUCACAAUAAAAAGAAUUUACCUUUUGAUAGAAAAUGGCUUUUCACAUUCAAGGGAAAGGGACAAUGUCUGUGACAGCCUGGUUGCCUUUGAUUUGCAGGCUGCUGGCUCUCAAGUCGGGAUGAUGGUCAACUCCUUCACUAACAUCGCAACGGCCAUCCUCAUCGCCUUCAUCUUCAGCUGGAAGCUCAGUCUGCUUGUGCUCUGCUUCUUCCCCUUCUUGGCUUUUUCGGGAGCCCUGCAAACAAAAAUGCUGACAGGAUUCGCAUCUCAAGAUAAGCAGGCUCUGGAGAAGGCUGGCCAGAUCACCAGCGAAGCCCUUGGCAACAUCCGCACCGUUGCAGGGAUGGGCGUGGAGAAGAGAUUUAUUAAAGCGUUUGAAGCUGAGCUGGAAACGUCAUACAGAACAUCCGUGAAGAAGGCGAACGUCUACGGGCUCUGCUUCGCCUUUUCCCAGGCUGUGUCGUAUUUCGCCAGCUCUUCUGCCUACAGAUACGGAGGUUACCUGAUUGCCGAGGAAGGGCUGCACUUCAGCUAUGUUUUCAGGACAGCCUCUUCAGUGAUGAUGAGUGCAACAGCUGUGGGAAGAACCUUCUCUUACACCCCAAGUUUUGCCAAAGCUAAAAUAUCAGCUGCACGCUUUUUUCAGCUGCUAGACCGAAAACCUCCAAUUAGUGUCUACAGCGGAGCAGGUGAAAAGUGGGACAACUUCCAAGGGAAGAUUGAUUUUAUUGACUGCAAAUUUACAUAUCCUUCACGACCAGAAACCCAAGUUCUGAAUGGUCUCUCGGUGUCUGUGGAUCCAGGGCAGACACUGGCUUUUGUUGGAAGCAGCGGCUGUGGCAAGAGCACCAGCAUUCAGCUAUUGGAGCGGUUCUAUGACCCUGAUCAGGGGAAGGUGAUGAUAGACGGUCAUGACAGCAAAAAAGUGAACAUCCAGUUCCUGCGUUCCAACAUUGGAAUUGUUUCCCAGGAGCCAGUGUUGUUCGACUGCAGCAUCCUGGAAAACAUCAAAUAUGGGGACAACACCAGAGACAUCUCCAUGGAGAGAGUCGUAGCUGCCGCGAAGCAGGCUCAGCUGCACGACUUCGUCAUGUCCCUCCCGGAGAAAUAUGAAACUAAUGUUGGAAGCCAGGGCUCUCAACUCUCUCGAGGGGAGAAACAACGCAUUGCUAUUGCUCGGGCCAUUGUACGAGAUCCUAAAAUCUUGCUACUAGAUGAAGCCACAUCGGCCCUAGACACAGAAAGUGAGAAGACCGUGCAGAUUGCCCUGGACAAAGCCAGAGAGGGUCGGACCUGUAUUGUCAUUGCCCACCGCUUGUCUACCAUCCAGAACUCGGAUAUCAUUGCCGUUAUGUCCCAAGGAGUGGUGAUUGAAAAGGGGACCCACGAAGAACUGAUGGCCCAGAAGGGAGCAUAAUACAAGCUGGUCAGCACAGGAGCCCCCCUCAGUUGACCCUACUCAAGACCUUCACCCGCAAGUCCAGGAAGGCUGCCUGAUGUUGUACCGAUACAGAGCAUCGUAAACGUUAUACAGAUAUCGCCAUUCGCUGGGACCCAAGCUAAUUUCGAGUGACCUUCAGUGUAAUAAUUCAGUUUGAAAUGUCUGUGUAGAAAAGAAAGAACCCAGGGUCAGAGAGAGUGAAAAGCCAAGGUCGGGCAGCUGCUUGCCUACCGCUGCCCUGAGUGGGAGGUGAUCGCUGAGGCGGGAUCAUUGAGAGGGUCUGGAGUCUGCAUCUUGCACUUGUGAAAGCUCCUUGUACACCGAGCCUGCGUGUACUCUCAGCUGUUGUUGGAGUCAGAUCAAGGUCAAGGCUGAAGGACACAGGCUACUGGUAUUUCUUGAUGAAGUUUUGUUUGUUUUCUGAACAAAAGCAGAUCCAUUUACCUCUAAUCCUGCGAAAGGAGCCCUUUCACAUUCUGGAGUCUCUCAGACUUAGGGAGGGAAAGGUGAGCUAAGGGAUAGCAGAGGUUACCAGUCAGGUGUACUGACUUAGAUUGAAGACUCGGGUGUUGGUGUUGCCGUGCGCUACAGUCGGAUCUGCCGGUGUGGAAUGGGGACUCUCUCCCAGGACUUCUGCUAUCCCUUCCCUGCCCCGCGUUGCCUGAUGUCCCUUAUUCCUGUGAAAUCCUGGUCAUAGAAUGGGAAUGGCAGCAGCUUCUGAAGCUAUUACAGAAUAAUCUGGUUAAACGUCGUAGAAAAACACCCUUGGUUGUCAUUUUCUUCAGAAUACCACUAAAUACCACUUCUUACCGUAUCAAAGGAGGCAUGAAGCCUUAGGAAUAAAGAAAAUUUCAAAAUGAUGACAGGAAAAAAGAUGUGUGAGCUAAAUUUGUGACAAUGGAUUUCAAAGACAAGAGGAAAUUGGCAUGCAGUCUCUUCACCAGGAAGAGCCUGAAGAUACAUUUCCUACCACAGACCCCUGGAAAGGCUAAGAUACAAAAGUCUCGGGGUCCUUUUGGAAGGGAGGAGUCAGGGAAACAAAUGAGCCCAAAGUUAGAAGAAUGGGCUGAAAACCUGUGUAAAUCUUGUGGGUGCACAGCCCACUCUUGCCACAGGCUGGUAGCCCUUGUUCAGGUCCUGAAGGACACUAGCUAGCUACUGCUUCCCUUGCCCACAGGCAGGCUUUAGUGUAGGGACAUAAGCUACGACUGAAGGGGUGAGUCCUGUACAAGAGCCGAGUGCCUGGGUAUAAUAUUGUAGAUGAACAGAAAAUCUUGCAGCUGCCCUGUCUGGCAGGGAUCAAAGAAUUACUCUCUGGCUGGAGCAAUUGGUCAGUAUAAAAGCGGAAGAUCUAUGGUCUGAUGCUAGGAAAAUUCCCAAGGAAAAUUUCCCGUCCACACACAGUCCCACCAUGAAGUCCAACAGCAUGCAUCCACUGAGUGUGCUGUUCUCUGUUCGGUUCUCUCUCAGGAGGAGACAGACCUGCUGAGAUUAGUAGAACACACUUUAACAAGUAAAGCAACCACAACAGGGCACCAGGAGAUAGGAAAUGACAGGUGACAGACAAAGCAGAGAUUAGGGAAACACUGAGAGAGAGACAAGAUAAUUCUGGCUAUCCAAAUAAAACUAGGACUCUAUGAAAAUGACCACACAGAAACAUGUGCAUGCUGGCACACUCACAUCACACACACACACUCACACGCACACACACACACACUAAAUAUACAGAAAAUGGCUCAUGAUUGAAGCAAUGGAAAAUUAAAUAACAGAACAGCUCAUGGGCCAUACUGCUAUUACAGCAACUCCCCCUCUUCCAUCUUCCUCCCAAGUCCAUCCUGCUUAUAGCUUCAUCAUCCCAUGCCCAUCAAAUGACUAGCUGCCUACAGAGGAAGACUGAGCUGGGAUAUUUUGAAAUGGACAGUUACUGUUGCCAUAGUUAUGUCUCGUUUGAUGUUGCCUGGUAGAUAACCUAACAGGUUAACCUGAAAGGUCAGACUUGCUGAAAGUGCCUCUCGUUAUGGAAAAGAACAGGGGCGAGUAAGUUCAGAACAAAUGACUGCUAAAAAAGAACUAAGGCCUGUAGUAAAACUUGCUUGUCCUCAACUCUUGGAUCAGGAAAACUACAAGUCACUUGGUUAGGUUUGCAGACGGUGAGGAGGGGCUAUGCUCUGCGAGGUCGCCUGUUGCCUAGGAAGACAUAUGUGGAGUGUGCGCAAGAGGAAUGAAUAAAUGUUAUCCUUUUAAAUAAAGCAAUUCUGAGUAAUUGAAGGGA